CUCUGUCAUAAUGGAGGUUUCGAAAGUUUUGGAAAUGUUUAUUCUAUUUUAGUUACUUGUACAGGAAAUAAUUUUUUAUUCGGUUGUAGGAAGUUUCACAUAGAAGUUUCACAUAGAUCAGCUUGUACGGUACACAGACAACGAAGAUUAGAAAAUCUAGCACAACUUUAUUACAACAUAUCACACAAACUUAACAGAGGCUACAUUACAAGUACCAUACUUGGUAUCGACGAGUGAACAAUUGGUAUAGAAGCAAGAUGAGUAAAAGUGACGAUGAUGUUCCUGAACUUGUUCCAUCAUCCGACGAAGAAACAGUUGGUACACCAGAUCUACCUUCAGUUUCAAAUGGGGAUAGCGUUGCCAUGUGGUUAAAGAGGAAAUCUGAAGAAAUCGAGAAAGCCCAGAAGAUGAUAGGGCAAAUGAUAGUAGGACCGAUGUAUUUUGGUUUUGAUAACUGUGUUGAAAAACAUUGGAUAUCAGCUCUUCAUUCUGCACAACUUCUCACUAGGAACAGGGAAAAAGAUGUCCAAGCUUUCACACAAAAAGAAGAGGAAAUUUUCAAGAAAGUAGAAACAACUGUUGAAAUUCUCAAACCAGAAAUGCGUAAAACAUGUGCAUUACGAUGUGCUUUAGAUGUCGUUGAUGCUGUAGAAAGAAAGUUUAAUGAUCAAAAAGAUGUGAAAUCGAUUGACGUAGAUGGUGCCAUAGGAAUAGGCAAUAGUUUUCAGAGAUAUGAGGAAAUGAUGAAAAUUGUUUCUUCAAAAGUUCAGUUCAGAGGGAAAGAAGAAUUCUGUGUAAUUUACAUCUUUAAGAAUUAUCACCGCCAUGUGGUGAGUUGUUCCCGUGAUUACGAACGAAUAGAACAGAUUAUCAGGUCUCAAUGGACAACUAAGAACGAUGAUGAAUCAGAUGUUUAUAAAGAGAAGGGAAAUGAAGCAUUUAAAUGUGAUAAAUUUGAUGAAGCCAUAAAAUAUUAUACUAAAGCUAUACAAUCUGAUCGUUUAAAUCAUCUAUAUUAUGGAAAUCGGGCCAUGACGUAUCUCAAGAUGAAUAAAUUCAGAGAAAGUUUCUGUGACGCCAGACGAUCAAUAAUUCUAGAUCCAGGGUGGAGUAAAGGUUAUUACAGAUGUUGUGAAGCAGCAUUAGAAUUAAAACAGUUUGAUAUAGCGAGGAAUUAUAAUCAGCUAGGUCGUACCAUGUGUCCUAAAGAUGCCAAUUUUAAAUGUUUGUGUGAACAAGAAGAAAGGAUCAAACUAUUACUCAAAGAAACUACGGGACCGACUAAAAGUGUUCCAGACAAUAAAAGACGACCUUCAACUCCUGUCUUGUCAAAAAGACGACCUUCGACCCCAGUUUUGUUGAAUUCAACAAUUGUAGCAUCUUUUAAUGUUACUGAUGACACAGAUGAUCUACCAAGUCUUGUCAGUGAUAAUGAUAGCGGUGAUAAUAAAUCUCAGAAUGUGAAAGCAGUCAAGAAAUCUAAAAAACAGAAAAAGAAGAAGAAUAAAGAAAAGGAAAAGGAAGGAACACCUGUUGAUGGACCAGAAAUAGAAUUUAAGGUUUCAUUACGUGAGGGCUCUGAAGCGUAUUUGGAAAACCGAUUCACGAUGGCUGUAGACAGAUAUCAACAAGCUCUAGAUAUGAUACAGCAUCAACCUACCAUGAUACAAAUAGAAGAAAUGGAAAUAGUCAUAAUAAAAUAUUCAUCUGGUAUGGCUUCAUUAGGUGUUGGAGUUUUAAAGAGUAUAAAAGCAGCAUUGAGUAAAUUUCAAUCAAUCUACGAGACACAUAUAAAUAUUCGUUUUCCACCACUAUAUUAUGGUCUAGCGAAAUGUUAUGUUGAUUUAUUCAGAUUUAGUGAAGCUAUAGAUCCAUGUAAAACAGGUUUGAAGUUGGUGAAAAGUGGUGUACGAUGUGGCCGAUUAUUAUGGCCUGGUGUUGACCAAGUUAUACCACAUGCUGAUAAUGAUAUACUAGAAAAAAGUUUAAAGGAAUUAUUAAGCAGAAGUAUUUUUCCUCCGCAACCUGACGCUGUAUGUCGUCUUCACGAAAUAAACCAAGAAGAAAAACGUAGUGCUAUAUAUUUUUCCGAUUUAGAUUUUAAGGGAUAUGUUAGAUUAGAAUGUUUUUCAUCUUGUCGUAUAGAGUUUCAUCAUUAUUGUUGGAAAGUUUUUAAAUCAGUUUAUUCUAUAACAAAUGAUAAGGAAAUGAUAAAUACAAGAUGUCCUACGCCUGACUGUUGGUCUUUUGUUUGUACCAUCACUGUCUUUAAAAAUAAUCCUCUAUUAGAAAAUGCUCGAACAGUAAAAUCAGAUAUGCCACCUGUCACAAUCCAGCAACAUAAACCAAUAGUUCGAAUGCAACCAAGUGCUGCAACUGUUGCUAAGCGACUGGCUAGAAAAGAAUUACGUAAACAGCGGAAACGUGACGCUAAGUUUGAUGAUAAAGAGAACAGCCAUUCACCAGGAGCACGACCUAAAGAGCAAACUAACAGAUAUGAAAAUUAUGCUCCGGUACAACAAUUACGAGAAACUAAUAUAACGAUAAAUAAAAAAGAUACUGAAACGACAGAUGAUAAACAUAAGUUUAAAUCCAAACCAUCGAAAUCCAAGAAGAAGGAUAAAAAGAAGUCAUCAACUGUUUUAAAUUUAGAAGUUAAUUUUACUGAUCGUAAAGAAGACACUUUGGAAGGUACACAUACAGAUUUUGAGCUUACUGAAAAAAUAAAGAGUGAAGCCAGUACUGUACCGUUUAAUAAUACACCAGUUGAUGAUUCUGUCUCUCAAAAUCUUUUUAGUUAUUUUGCUGAAUUUUUAGAAGCUCAUGGACCAUUACAUGUUCAGGAUAGACUUCUACUAAAUGAGAUAUCACACUUUCCUCCUGAAGCCAUGGAAGUUAUACAAAAAGUUGGUGGCCUUCGACAUUUUCUUCAACAAUCCCUCAAAUUUGCGAUGAUUAAUGACUUUGUUUGUGUCUUGAAAGACGCUGUUCGUGCGACCGUAAUGUCUCAAUUUAAACAAAACAGAAAUAAUAAUAGUGUUGGGAAACAAGUUGGAACAAUGGAUGCCCAAUCUAGUUUACCCCCUGUACAAACUAAUAUUGUCUCCCAUUCUGCAUCCUCAUUGGAUGAUAUCACUUUACCGUCUGGUGUAGUAACACAUAAACUUGAUAGAGAACCUGUGUCCCAUUCUGCAUCUUCAUUGGAUGAUAUCACUUUACCACCUAGUGUAGUUACGCAUAAACUUGAUAGAGAACCUGUAACUCCGCUUCCGAAGCCUACUAAACUUCGAUCAGCUGUUUUUGAUUCAGAGGAAAAUGAAGUUUCAUCUGGUACUUCUAAACAAGAUACAGAAGUGAAUGUCUGGAGAGAAAGAAUGGAGAAACGCAAAGUAAACAAAACCAAGCGUGAGGUGAAACCAGCCGAUGAACAAUUAGUAAAUGAUCUUCUAAAAUUUCAAACGGUUAAUGGAGACGGUAAAAAAAAUCUGCGAAAAAAGAAAGAGUACAAUACUUUAGAUGAUUUCAACAUUCCUGUUAAUAGUACUUGUUCGCCUGUGAAAUCUUUUAAUAAAUUGGACGAUAUUGACGAUUUUGAUAUCACGCCAUCGAAUUAUAAAAGUUCCGUUAAUGAUUAUGAUGAUAUGGAUGACACUUCGUCUAUCGAUGGUUACAAACCACGAACCCGGGAUCAUAUACAUAGUGGAAGUAGUUCAGUGUCAGAUAUAUCGGAACUUAGCGACAUAUCUGCAGGGAUGUUAUAUCGUACAUCGUCACCCAGUUCUAUCAGUUCCAAAUCAACAAACUCUAUACCGCCCCAUGUACAGAAAACAUGUAAGGACAUUCCUGUUAAUCCAGUCCUAGGAUCAAUCUCGGUGAUUGCCUCAAAAACUCAAAACAACAUAAGUGAUAAAACUAGUAAUAAUUUGACUGGUGAACCGAAUUCUGUUUCUGCUAAUAUUUUAGACGUAAAUAUUGACAACAAUUUGAGAACACUGGAGAUAACUAAUGAUUCUAUACAAACUAAAGAGACUACCAAUAUUUUCCCCAGUUUUUAUAAUGAACAGAAAUUAUUUGAAAGAUCAACACCGGAAUCCGAUCAUAGUGUUGAUAAAUCACCUUCGAGUAGUUCAGACACAUCACCUCCUAAACCCCAUUCAUCAACAGUGCUAGAUAUUCCCUCUAUCAAUCAUUUGUUCCCUAAAAUCGAUUUAACUGUACCACCCCCUAUAAUUCCCCCCAACCCCUUUUUAUCUACUCAACAAUACUCAAAAGAAAAUACCGAUUCGGGAGUUAGUUCUCAACAUAGUUUAUGGUCGACAUGUAAUUCUGGGACAAGCUCAGUUUUUAAUUCUCCAUUGCAGUCUAAUGUAGAAGCUAACUGGCCCAACCCUAAACCUACCGAUGUAUCCACAAAUACUUCUGGUGGAGCUUUCGCUAAAUCACUACAAAUUCCUCCAACCAGAGCUCCUUUUAAUCCUUUCUCUAUUGCUCCCUCACUUAGAGGAAAUCUUCAGGGUUUUCCAUACAUGCCAUCAAAUGUUCCGUAUUCAUUCAGUCCCACCUCCUUUCCUCCAGAUUCGCAAUUUCAUACCUUAAAUCGCAACAACUCUGCACCCAUUGAAGGCAAUCAAACUACUUUUCCUCAGCCAUCAGCUAGAGCCAAUGAGAAGAGAGAUAUAACAUCAUGUGAUGCAGAGAUACAAACAGUAGUAUUUACUACAGAUGUUGCAGUUAAUACAGAAUUAAACGUAGGAAAGUUGAUCUAUGAGAAUGAACAAUUAUAUAAAGAAAUAUGUCGACUUAAACAGCAAGAAAAAAAUAUUAAGAUUGAAUAUGAAAGUAAUCGUGUAACAAUGCAAGAGAAAACGACCUCACUUAUAACAGAUAAAGAAACAUUAAAUAAAGCUAUAGCAGAUAGUAGCACUCUUAUAGAAGGUCUGAUAAAUACACUAAGCUGUAAAGACCAAGAAUUAGAAGAAAUAAAACAAAAGCACAUUUCUGAUCUACAAGAUCUUCGUACAACGCGAGAGGAAUUAGAGCAAUAUAAGUUGUCUAAUCAACAACUUUCAGAAAGAUGGCGAACUAUCAAUUCUAUUGAUUUACAAAGAGCUAAAACAGCCGAGUUGAAGGUUUUAAAUGUUCAACUAGAGAUGAUGGAGAAAUCAUUCACUCAGGUAAAAAAGGAAGCAAGUUUUCAUGUGGAACAUUUAACCCGAUUAGUACAAAAAAGUCUGGAUGAUAAAACUACGAUUCAACCCCAAGCAUCCCAUGCUUUAAAACACUGGCAAAAUAUUCUAGAAAUGACUGAUGUUAAAAUAACAGAACUUCGGAAGGAGUUUGAAAGUCAAAUAAAACAGAUUGGAGAAGGAAAGAAGUUAUCAGAGUUACCUCCCAUAUCUUAUUCCCCACCACCGUUGCCUGUAAUGCAGAAUAUGGUACCAUCUCAAGGAUUCAACCGGAUGAGAAACCAAAACAACUCCCCUUCUGGUCCAGAUAAUCCUGGUAUUGCUGCUAGGGGACAAACACAGCCUCCUUAUAUGUUACCACAAGUUGGUUUACAAACAGGAUCACACAUCACUUUUGUUCAACAAACUCCCUUAAAUAGACCUCCUCCACCUGGGAUGACAUCCAUACGACCCUCACUUGUUGGAGUAGCAGGUACCAGGUUUCCAGAACCACCAUCACCUGUAUCGUCUGCUCCUAAAACCAGCAUGGAUAAACUAAUUGCUACAUUAAAUAAGACAUUUCCCACUCAUAACAAGUCUGAUUUUCGACAAAUGAUACAUGAAUUACGUAUUGUACGUGGAGGUAGUUUGAGUGGUUUAUCACUUGAAAGUAUCGUACAUUUUGUGAUAGAAAAACUUACGAAACAAAAUAACCAGGUACAGCAAUCUAAAGAGCCACCUGGUUUUACUACUAAUAAAGGAUUAUCUACCCCUGGCCUUGAGUUGUUUAGGGAAGAUGAAGAUCCAUGUGCUAUAUGUCACGAUGAUUUAUCUCUACAACCUGUCCGUAUAUUAGAAUGUAAACAUAGUUUCCAUGAACUGUGUAUAAGACAAUGGUUUAAUGAACAGACAACUUGUCCAAACUGUCGUGUUCAUACUCUACUACCAGAUGAAUUCCCUUCUCUUAAGUAAUUCCAGUAUAUUUUUUUUUUCAUUUCAAUUCAAUUGUUGUUAUAUUGCUGCUUUUCCACUACAGAUUUUUUUUUUCCGAGAUAAUAUUCUUUUGGGGACAGGCACAUAGGAUGUAGUUUUUGUUUUUGAAAGACUACUAUCGCUCCAUGUGCACUUACAGGCAGGUGUAAAAUGAAAAAUCUAUUUCAAAAAUAACAUUAAGCUGUGGCUAAGUAUUAUUCCUGAAUUCGAUUACGUUCGUUAUCAUAUAAACAAGAUAAUUAUGCAUCAUCUAUUUUUGAGCUAUUAUAGCAAGAAUGGUCAGCUCUUUAUCUAAAUCUUACAUAAUGUAUCUUUAAUGUUAUUUUUUAAAGAGAUUUUCCAUUUACAAUCGCACAUUUGUGCUCUAGACUCUGUAUUCAAGUUUUGUUGUGGCUCUUUGCUUAGUUAUUAAACAAAUUGUGUCUUUUUACUUGGGUAGUUGUGUUCAGUUUAUCCACCUACGACUCAUUAAAGAUUUCCAUACAUAUGUUAUGUUUUACAUUUUUGUGACGUUCUUCAAGAUUUCAGUCAAAUGCGAAUUAGUUUAUAUAGUAUCAUAUUGAAAGUAACUAGUUUCAAUUAUCCAAGCACUGGCCUACUUAGAAUAUAGUAUUUUGCAAUAUAGAGACAGAGCUUUAUUAAUACUAUGUGAGGCUGUAAUUCUGUAAAUAUUAAUACCAUGUGGAAACAGUGCUUUACAUAUUAAUACCAUAUAGGUGCUAUGCUCUAUGUAGAAACAGUGCUUUACAUAUUAAUACCUUGUAGAGACAGUGCUUUACAUAUUAAUACCAUGUAGAAACAGUGAUAUCAUGUAGAGACAGUGAUGUCAUGUAGAGACAGUGCUUUACAUAUUAAUAUCAUGUAGAAACAGUGCUUUACAUAUUAAUAUCAUGUAGAAACAGUGCUUUACAUAUUAAUACCAUGUAGAGACAGUGCUUAAGAUAUUAAUUUAAUACCAUGUAGAGAAUGCUUCUCAUAUUAAUACCAUGUAGAGUCAGUGUUUUACAUAUGCAUGCCAUGUAGAUACAGUGCUUUAGGGGCAGAUACAGAGGUGGGGAGGGGGUCAUGUGAGACAGUACUUUACAUACAUAAUAAAUAGCAUAUAAUAAUAUUUUUAAAUGGUGUACCUUUGUUGUUGCAUGUCUUGUUACGAACAUUUUUUCAAUGUACCAUUAAUUUUUUGUAAUACAGUAAUUGAACUGUUCUGCUGAUGCCCAAUUAUUUGAGAUAUCCAUUCAUGAUUUUAUACAUGAUUCUUUUAGGUAAAUGUAACUUUAAGAUGUUUCUGAGUCUUUGAAGAAUUUUUUUUUUUUUUUGUGUUAUCUUGUGUUGAAGAAUAAAUACCUAUUUUA